AUGCGUGCAUCUUUAAGCAAGUCGGAUAAUGCAUUGAGCAGUAAUACUAAUAUUACAAAUUGUCGAUUUAAACGUCAUCAUAGUAUUGAUGAUGAUUAUCCUGUAAUAUCAUUAUCAUCAUCAUCAUCAUCAUCAUCAAAUGAUGAAAAAAAAAUUCAUGUACAUUUUCAUCCUGAUCUAGUAUCAUCUGAUCAUCGUGUACCAUUAUCAAAUACUACAUCACAACAAAUAACAUUUCAAAAAUCCUCAUUUUCAUCUGAACUCGUGAGAGUUGUGGAAUGGUUUAAUCAACUUGAUAAUCAACAAAAGGAAGCAUUACUUCGAGAAUUAAUUAAUUCAUGUUCCGGUUCUCAAUGGCAUCUUUUAUCAAUUUUAACAGCUGAUAAUUGGCAUCGAAAUUGUCCAUCGGAUUGUUCAGAUCCAUUGGCACAAUUACCAUUUGAUAUUUCUUUUCAUAUUCUGUCUUUACUCGAUCCAAUAUCAUUAGCACGAUGUGCACUUGUAAAUAAACUUUGGUAUUAUUUAUCUUCACAUCCAGAAUUAUGGCGUAAAUUAUCUAAACAAAAAAAAUGGUCUUUUUCAUCAACUCUUCUUGAUCAACAACAAAUUGAAUCAUAUACAAAUGAACAAGGAAAACCACAAUGGAAACAAAUAUUUAUUGAACGAUAUCGUCUUCGAUCACGUUGGUUAAAUGGACGAUGUGAUGUUAAAACAUUUCAUGGUCAUGUUGAAGGUGUUUCUUGUGUUCAAUUUGAUAGUCAAACAAUUAUAAGUGGUUGUACUGAUGGUACAAUUAAAGUAUGGGAUAUGAAUACUACAAAUGAGAUUAUUACAUUAGUUGGUCACUCACGUAGUGUCAGAUGUUUACAUGUUGAUGGUACAAAUGAAGUUCGAUUAGUUAGUGGUUCGAAUGAUCAUAGUAUUAAAGUUUGGAGUAUAUCUAUUAAUCAAACAUGGUCAAAAUGUGCAUGUAAAUUAACUUUACUUGGUCAUACAGAUACUGUUCGAUGUCUUGUUGUUUGUGAUGAUAUUUGUGUAAGUGGUAGUCAUGAUAAUUCUGUUAAAGUAUGGAAUUUAACUAAUGGUUUAUGUUUACGUACAUUAGUUGAUCAUACUGAUAAAGUACUUUGUGUGCAAUUUAAUUGGGAUUAUAUUGUUUCUGGAUCAACGGAUAAAACAAUUAAAAUUUGGCGUUAUGUUGAUGGUAUUUGUUUACGUACACUUUCAGCUCAUAAUGGUUCAGUAACAUGUUUAUAUUUUGAUCAACAACAAGAUUUAAUUGUAUCGGGUAGUCUUGAUUAUGAUAUACGUUUUUGGCAUUUAUCUACAGGUGAAUGUUGUCAGAAAAUUGAUUGGAUAUCAAAAGAAGGCCAUCGUGGUGUUAUUCGAACAUUAAAAGCUGAUAGUUGGCGUGUUGUUAGUGGAGCUGAUGAUAAGACAAUUAAAGUGUGGGAUAUACGAACAGGUGUUCGAUUAUGUACAUUAAAAAAUCAUACAGAUGGUGUUACAUGUCUUUCCUUUAAUGAUUAUCUUAUUGUAUCGGGCUCAUUUGAUGGCAGUGUUAAAUUAUGGAAUUUUCGAUCAUAA